AGGUCCUCCUCCUCCUCCUCCUUCUUCGUCGCCUUGUUCGCGAGAGGAGCAUCCUCGCCUUGCUCCUUCCUCUCCUCGGCGGCGGGCAUGCAGUGAGAGCCAUGGCCGCGGCGUCGCCUCCAUCCGAGGCGGACCCCCCUCCUCCUCCCCCUCCGCCGGAGAAGAAGCGGCUGCAGCGGGCGCCCUCUCCGGCCCGGCCCAAGGAAAUCCCCGGCUGGUCGCUGGCCAAGACCCGACGCGGCUCCCCGGCCGCGUUCUCCGCCAGGCUGGGCUCCGCGAGGAGGGCGUCGGGCUCCAAAGAAGGCCGCGGGGACAAGAAGGGCAGGGCGGUGGGAGCCGGGGCCGGGGCGUCUCCCUCGGGGGCGGCGCGGGGCGGCGGGAAGGCCAGGGCCAAAGGGAGGAGCCGCCUGGCCGCCGAGGGCGCCUCUCCCGUCGGGAAGGGGCCUCGCCCGCCUCCGCCGCCGCCCAGCCUCUCCGACAGCAGCAGCAGCAGCUCCGAAGGCUCGGAAUGCAGCGGCUGCGAGGAGGCCAAGCUGCGCUCGCUGCUCAAAAGAGGAGGAGGAGGAGGAGGGAGCCCCGAGGCCCCUCCGACCAGCGCCUCCCCGCCGCCCGAGGACUGCUCCUCCUCGCUGGCCAGCAGCCGGCUGCCCCUCAGCGCCUCGCUCGCCUUCUCCGACCUCACCGAGGAGAUGCUCGACGCCGGCGCCGCCCGGGAGAUGGAGGAGCUGCGCGCAGAGAACGACUACCUCAAGGAUGAGAUUGAAGAACUACGUGCUGAGAUGCUGGAGAUGAGAGACGUCUAUAUGGAGGAAGAUGUCUACCAACUACAGGAACUCCGGCAGCAAUUGGAUCAGGCCAGUAAGACCUGCCGUAUCUUGCAGUACCGUCUCCGCAAGGCAGAGCGACGCAGUCUCCGUGUGGCACAGACCGGCCAGGUGGACGGAGAGCUCAUCCACAGUCUUGAACAAGAUGUCAAGGUAGCAAAAGAUGUCUCUGUACGACUUCAUAAUGAACUUGAGGCAGUGGAGAAAAAGCGAAUUAAGCUGGAGGAGGAGAAUGAGGACCUGCGCCAGCGACUCAUUGAGAGCGAGUUGGCUAAGCAAGUUCUUCAGAAUGAAAUGGACAAGCUGAAGGAGAAUUCUUUGAAGAAAAGAGGAUCACGUUCCCUUGGAAAGGCAGACAAAAAGCCAUCCACCCAGGAGGACAGUGCAGAUCUCAAGUGUCAAUUGCAUUUUGCAAAGGAAGAGUCUGCUCUGAUGUGCAAGAAGCUGACAAAGUUAGCCAAAGAGAAUGACAGUAUGAAGGAAGAGCUGACAAAAUAUCAUUCUUUGUAUGGGGACCUGGAAAGCUCUCUCUCCAUAGAAGAAUUGGCUGAUUCCCCACAUUCCCGAGAAGCAGAGCUGAAAGUUCACCUAAAACUUGUAGAAGAAGAAGCCAACAUUUUGAGUCGAAGGAUAGUGGAGCUUGAGGUUGAAAACCGAGGGCUAAGAGCAGAGAUGGAUGACAUGAAAGGGCAAGGAGACAAAGAACUUUUGGGCCAAGAUGUCCAGUUUGCCUUUUCUAUGACAAAUUGUGGGGAAUCUGGGGACAGUGUGGGCGAACUCAGGCGGCAUUUGCAGUUUGUAGAGGAGGAGGCAGAUCUGCUGAGGCGCUCACUGAUGGAGUUAGAGGACCAGAACAAGCUCCUCAUGAACGAGCUCAAUAAGUACAAGUCAGACCAUGACUUGGAUAUUACUUUAUCUGAGGACAGCUGCUCAGUGAUAAGUGAGACCUCACAGGAAGAACUGGCCACUGCCAAGGUCCAAAUCAAUGAGCUAAGUGGAAAGGUGAAAAAGUUGCAAUAUGAAAACCGUGUCCUGCUCUCUAACCUACAGCGCUGUGACCUUGCCUCUUGCCAGACCACACGGCCCAUGUUGGAGACAGAUGCCGAGGCAGGUGAUUCUGCCCAGUGCAUCCCAACUUCACUUUGGAGAGAGAUGCCCAUUGGAGGAGAGAAUGAUGCUAAGGAGAGAGUGCCUGGCAAUGGGUUUAGCAAAUCUCAUGAAAGCAGCCCCAUACGGUUUUACAGGUCUAAGGACUUUGAGACCCUCCUUGACAUCAGGGACCAAGCUGCCCUUGUCAGCAAAGCCAUUGAUGUCCUGAUAUCAGAUGCCAAUGGCUUUACCUCUAGCCUCAAACUGUGCAUGGACAACGAUUGUGCAGAGCUAGUGCUGAACGAGGCCAUGGAUAAUGAGAGCACCACUGAUUCUAAGUUAAUCAGUGCCAUUUUGAUGAGGCUUGGAGUUCUUCAGCAGGAGCUAAAUACUUUUAUGAGGAAGGUGGACUGUAUUGGAGAUUGCAUGAAGGACCAGAAAGAAUCUCAACCAAGCCACAGUUCCCAGGAUUCCACAAAGGAAACUCUACGGAAAGGGCAUGGCUCUGAAAUCCAGCAGUCUGACUUUAGGGAGGCCCCGGAUUGGGAUGUUGGGGAGAGCAGGCCCUCCGAUCUGUACCACAGUAGCAACAGCAGCAACACCACCGUCAUUGAUGUAGAUCCCAACGUGGAACUUGGCCGGAGCUACAAGUCGUAUCAGCCAGAUGAGAAGGACUCUUAUGUGUCUGAGAUCAAGGAGUUGCAACUGGUCCUUUCAGAGGCCAAUGAGAGCUUGAGGGGGCAACAGGAACAGCUCUCCCAGGAGAGGCAACUGAGGAAAGAGGAAGCAGAAAACUUCACCCAGAAAAUUUGCCAGCUGAAGGAAGAUCACCAGAAAGCUCUCCUGAGGCGAGAAUUUGAGCUGCAGAGUCUAAACCUUCAGAGGAGACUGGAGCAAAAGUUUUGGAGCCAGGAGAAAAAUCUUCUGGUAAAAGAAUCCCAGCAAUUUAAGCAGAAUUUCUUGCUCCUUUUCAUGAAACUGAAAUGGUUCCUGAAGCAUUGGAGGCAGGGGAAGAUCCUACAGAAUGAAGGCAAUGACUUCUUGGAGGUGAAUAGCAUGAAAGAACUCUACCUGCUGAUUGAAGAAGAGGAGUUGAACCCCCAACAGCAAGCAGAUAACAAGACAUGUUCAAGAGAUACCUGGUCUCAGAACACGCCCAAUGAGUAUAUUAAGACUCUGUCAGAUAUGAAGGUGAUCUUGAAGGAGCUGUGCACAGAGCUGCGGGAAGAAAGGAGAGGAAUGAAUGAGUUACAGCAGCAGUUUGCCAAGGCCAAAGCUACCUGGGAGAUGGAGAGAACUGAACUUAAGUGUCUCAUUACACAGCUGGAAUCCAAGACUGGGAAAAGCCUGACUGAGCGCGCACCCUCUGACUGGAAAUCAGCUCUGAAGAGGGAGCGAGAGGAGCAUCAACAUCUCCUGGCUGAGUCAUACAGUGCUGUUAUGGACUUGACCAAGCAGCUGCAGAUUAGUGAGAAGAACUGGGACCAGGAGAAGCUGGAGCUCCUGAGCCAUUUUAAGGAUGAACAGCAGCAAAUGGAGCAACAAGUGCGGGAACUGCAGAACAAAAUCAACCAGAAGGGAACUGACCGAUGGGCUCUGAAAAACUCUGAAAUGGAGAAGCACAGCAGUAACUGGAAAGAGACUCUCAAUGAGAAAAUCACUGACAAAGAAACUGUUUCCGAAAUUGACAUGAAAGCAAGUAACUUAAAAAGGACAAAGUCAGUUUCCUCAAUGUCUGAAUUUGAAAGCUUGCUUGAGUGUUCUCCUUAUCUUCCUGGCAAAACCAGUCCUGACAAUGCUCGCAGCAAAAAGGGGCCUACAGCUACCCAGGUGUUGCCUGACACAUUGAAGGACUCUACAGGACUCACUUCUCAAAACGGUGCCUAUGUGAAUAGUGAGCGACCUUCUUCUGAGACCUUGAACACAGAGAAGAUUGAUGUCUCAGUAUGUGACUACACUCGGACAAGCAGCUUCUCUUUGCAGGACCAGACCCAGAAGUAUAUACAGAGGAGCCAUACAGCCCCAGAUAAGACUGGGAUCCGAAUAUACUAUAGUCCCCCAGUGGUACGCAGACUGGAGCCACCCUUGGUCCACAAUAGAGAGGGGAAGAUCAUGGUUGAGCCUGGUUUCCUGUUCACAAUGGCCAAGCCUAAGGAAGAGUCAAAUAGCUCAGAGAGUAUAUACAGCCAGUGGCUUUGCAAUUUUUCCAAGCAGCGUCGAGAGCAGCUGGACAAUGAUACUGUGAGUGAGAAAGUGGUGCCCCCUGUCCCCAGAUUUCCGCCAUCCUUGCAUGACCUUGAAAUCUCUGGCAACAUGAGUGACGACAUGAAGGAGAUCACCAACUGUGUCCGGCAAGCUAUCCGCUCCAGCUCUCUGGAGAGAAAGAUUAAGAGCACUUCUAGCCAGACAGUGGGAUUAACUAGUGUUGGUACACAGACUAUCCAGACGGUUAGCAUUGGUUUGCAGACAGAUAUGCCCAGAGGCAGCAUCCACAGCAGCAAGAGCUGGUCCCCAAGAAGCUCUUCCCUAAUGUCUGUGCGCAGCAAGCAGAUCUCAACGUCUUUAGACAAAGUCCACUCUAGGAUCGAACGGCCUUGUUGCUCCCCUAAGUAUGGUUCGCCCAAACUCCAAAGAAGAUCAUCUUCUAAGUUGGACAACUCCAAGGACCGAAGUCUUUGGAACCUCCAUCAGAGUAAGCAAAAUGGGUCUGCCUGGGCUCGGUCCACCACAACCAGAGACAGUCCAGUUCUCAGCAACAUCAAUGAUGGUCUGUCCAGCUUAUUCAAUGUAGUAGAACAUUCUGGGAGUACUGAAUCCAUUUGGAAGCCAGGAUGUCAGGAAACCAAAACGAAGCCAGAGGCUCCUAAAUAUGGAAUCGUCCAAGAGUUUUUCCGGAAUGUGUGUGGCAGAACUCAAAGCCCCACAUUGACUCCCGAGAAGAAAGACCUGGUUAUUGUAGAAAACAGCAGCAAGAAACCAGAUCAUUCCUCCACUGCUGUGAUCCAGCAGUUUGAAAGCACCUCUAAGCUCCUGGACAAAAAACCUUUGAAGCAGAGCUGCAGUGAGGAACCAAAGCUGUCCAUCCCAAGCCAAGGUGGCAAGGACAGAGCCUUAAAAGAGCCAGAUGUCAUCUCUACUACUAUUGCCAAUGAGGACAUUGCCUGUGACUGCAGCUCCCAGUCACUGACCUCCUGCUUUGCUCGGCCAUCACGAUCCACCGUCCGCCACUCCCCUUCCAAAUGCAAGUUACACCCGUCUGAUGCAAGUCGGAUGGAAGAGAAAGCCGGGUCCUCGAGUGAGUGAGAGGUGGCUGCACUUAACCGUGGUCCUGGUGGAAGAGCAACUCUGCCCUGGAGCCUCCAGUCCCUUCAGCACCUCAAGGACUGGCCCCGUCUGAGCCCAUCCCAGCUGGGGGGCUCUGCUCUUAGAUACUCAGAGCAGUAACAUGCAGCAGCCCUGGUCUUAUCUUAGCUCAGCAAGGAUAGCUGCCACACAGAAGCUGUGCUGUGUAGCCAGGGGACAGAAUGGGAGUCUUGUUGUGGAGGUGUGGUUUCUUUUCACUAGAAACCUUUCUGUCCCUUUGCCCACCUUCCAUGGGAACAUAAUCUCCAAGAGCUGCCAGAGUCUAGUGAAGUGGUCUGUGCUGUUUUCAUGGCAUUGGGUGUGUGCGCGCGCAUAUGUGUGAGUGAGUGUUUUCCAAUAUGAGGAGGUUCAUCUCUCCUUUCUAACAAGCAUUAUAGAGGCAUUAGGGAGUGCAAUGACAUUGCUUGGCCAUGCCUUCCUGCCUUGGUCCGAGGGAAAAAGAAACACCAGGGAACAUUAAAAACCACAGAAGAACAGCUUUACUCAAUGAUCUCCCACUCCCUGGUGAGGCAUUCACACUGUUGUACAUAGGGAGGGAGGGGGAAAAGAUUGGGGUGGGAGGGUGUUAUCAAAUCUUUGGUAAGAAAGUGUCACCAUAACAUGGGCUCCCUAGACUGUACAAGUCAUCUGGAAUAGACUGAUUUUCGUUAACCAUGUUUGCAUGGGCAGCAUUCCUCUGAUGUGUCCUCUCUGCUCUGUGCUUACAUACUGCCUCACUGAAUCGGCCUGUGGGGGUGAUAUUGGCUAUAGUGUUAGCUCUUGAUAAAACAAGGUCAUUAUAUUGUACUAGAAUUUCUACCUCUCUUCUGCAGGAGACAACAGCAGUGCUUGUGUGACCUGAGUUAUCUUCUUAUCCACUUGCACCAAUCUUCCCAUUGUUACCAAAAGGCAUAAAUAGGGCACUUUUUAGGGCACUAAUGUCAUCUCCAUAGUUUGGAACCAUUGAUGUUUUGUUGUAAAAAGCCAGGGUGCUGUUGUCAGGGAGUUCAUGGAGCAGAAAUGCAAAUUCCUUCAUGUCACUGAACUUAGUUUCAUUUUCACUUCUCCCUGGCUCUUAAACAACAUAGCUGUGCUUAAGGAGAGUUACAUCUGGGUUUUUUUU